GAAUAGUAAUGUAUAAUGCUAUGAAUCGAGCAAGAUCGCCAUAAUAUAAUGGAUUACCAAAUCAGAUGAAUCCAUAAUAUGGUGGUAAUAGUAAUCCAUUUACAGGAUAAUAAUCCCCUGUUAAUCAACCUAUGGUACAUAUAAUAAAAUACAAAUCAUUAAGACAUAGAGAUCAUAUCCUUAUCAGUAAUUUCCUCCAAGCACUCCUCCUUAAGGUUAUCCAAUGUAGUAGUCAUAAAGAAGUAUUCCUCCUUUUGCAUAAGCACCUUCAUAUCCACAAAGCCAGCCAUCAGCUUAGUCUAUGCAAGUACAAAUAAAAUACAAAUUCAUAGCCACUUCCAAAAUCAUAGUCCCCUUAAUAGUUGUCUAUGCAAAAUUUUUCAUAAAUUCCAUAAAGAUAAUAAAAACAAUAGCCAUAACAAUAAUUGGAGUAAUAAAAAUUGCCAACAGUUUAAACAACUGUUUAGCCAUAAGGAUAAACAUAUUUGCCAUCUUAAAGUUCUGGUUUAGGAUUAUCAGAUUUAAGAUAAACAUAUGGAUCUCCUACAUAUUUACCAUAUCAACCAGUUAUGACUGUAAAAAUAAUAAAUAAAUUAGACUGUAAUCUAAAGACCAAUUGAAUUUGUAGAUUUAGAAAAAUUUGAAGAACUUUGGGAUAAGAGAAUGAAAGAAUUGGAAGAUAAAAUUCGUUAGUCUUAAUAAUAACCAGAACCUGAAGUUGUUGAAUUGAGGGCUUCGAAUAAUGAUGAUAAGGAUGCUUUAAUAAAACAGUUAGAGGAUGAACUUUUUAAAGUUAAAUGUGAUAAUGAAGAAAAAGAUAAUAAAAUUUAAGAUUUGAAAAUAGAGUUAUAAACAAACAUAGAACUUGUAGAAUACCUAAAAUGUAUUAUUUUAGAUAUUAUCAUAGUAUAAUAAGCAAGUAAUAAUAAUAAUGAGGAAUUAACACGAUUAAGAAAGUAAAUUUAAACUUUGGAUGCCCAAGUAAAGCAACUUAAUCAUGAUAAUGAUGAUUUAAAAUAGGAAUUAGAAGCAUUAAGAUAAUAAAAAUAGUUUUUUAAAGCUUAAUGUGAUGAUAAAGAUGAACAUAUUUAAAAUUUAGAAAAAGAAAUGGAAGAACUACGUUAACAUAUAGAAACUUUGACUGAAGAAGUAACUACUAGUCAAUCUGUUAAAACAUAUGAAGAAGAAGCUAAGAUUUGGAGAAGCAAAUUUAAGGAAUUAAAUGAUACAUACCAUGCUUGUUAAGAGAAAUUGAUAUUAACUGAAGCAGAAUUAGAUCUAAUGAAAAGACCUUAAAGUUAAUAAAAAAUUGUGACUACUUCUACUACAGUAGUAAAAAAUAAUGUUUAAACUAGUGGAACAAAAUCAGUAAUAUAUGAUAUUAAUUUAUUUAGGACUCUGAUUAUCUUUCAAGUAGCCUCACCUAAUUUGAUGUUGAAAGAAUUCAAAAAUUAUCAAAGAAUAUUCCAUAGAUGUGAUAAUUUACAAACAAUUUAUUAUAUAUAUGCACAU